GCAAAAAGGUAGCUCUUUCGGUUUUUGUUCUUUUUCACCGAUAGCACUUGUGGAGCCCCAUGUCGAGCGAUGGCAAAUCUGACCGUCAGGGCGUUGCGGGGUUUCGGUCACCGUUGCCACCGUGGUUGAAGACAGAUGACCUGCAGGUUCGAACGCCUUUGAAGCCACCAGCUACACCAAAAGCACCGAUGUUGCCUAAUACAUCUUGGAUGCAAAUUGUGGAAGAACGCCGUCGAGCAACCGAAGAGCGUUUGGGGCCAAAGGCAGACCAUCCAAAACCGCUCACGAAAUUGCGUGGCCGCACUCCGGCGAUGCCUCAAGAAACAUCUGAAGAUUGGUGUCGCGAGGCACGAAAUCUGGACAGAAAGGCCCUGGCUAGACUCUUGCGUGACCUGAAGGAUCGCUUAGAAAAGGAAGAGGUCAGAACUUUGGCCGUUGAGGCCAAGCUUCCUCAAACCAUUUGGUCCAAAUUUGACAAGCUCGAUCCAUUCUCCAGAGCUAGCAGUCUGUUGGAGGCCAUCGAUAUUAGGUCUUGACAGCCGAUGAAGAUACAGCAUGCCACGAGACUUGAGACUAUUUCUGAUACAGGAAGCCUCCAGCUCCAGCAGCAUAUCCAUACGCCACGGUCCUUCCAGAGCCUUUGUGGAUCUUCCGUGAGACUGUUCAAAAGGAAAAAGGAAAAGAACGAUAGAAGAAGAAGAAGCCUAAAGAAAGGAGGACAACAAACACUUCAGUCUUUUUUUUCAAAUGUUCAUUCAGGUUCACAGUCUGAAUUUUACAACUUUGAGAGUUCACACUUCGUGCCAGGCAGCUGUGGAUCUUUGAGAGCGAACAACAAGCAGAGUUCAGAUCUGGUACCAAACAGCGGUUCACAUUUUGCU